GUUUUUGACACAAUUACUCCAAAAUGUUAUGCCCCAACUCGGAUUUCACCAAUGCCAUGAGCGGUGACGAUGGGGCCUUGCCCGGCGUUGUCCGUAGCGAUGGCCACACGUGUGAACAUUUUCGUCAACAAGAUCCUUGACGACCUCUUCCCUCCCCUCUCUACCCCCAACCACAUCCUCCCCCUCCACUGUCCAUCACAGCGUCGACACCAUGGCGCUCAACCCCGACGCUCUUAACCUCAAUUAUGACAGUGAUGACUCUAUGCAGGUUGACUCUGAGAAUGAACAAGUCAACAAUCAUCACACUCCUGUCGAUAAUGUCCAAGACCCAGACCCAGACCCAGAUGCUGAUGGCGAUGCAGAGGACAUCGAUGACGCUACCUCUCUCGCUAUUGCUGGGCCAUCCUCCUACACCCCAAAAGGCUCCGAUGUCGAAGAGUCGGGGUACGAAGAUAACGUCGAGGAGGACGAGGAGGACGAGGACGAUGGCUCCUAUGCAGAUGACGAGUACGGUAAAAAGAAAGCUCCGAAGAAGAGAAAAAAGAAAUCACAGCCGUCAUCGUCGGCACCAAGACCUAAAGCCAUCUCCCGGAACAACGACUCAGAUUCAGAUUCAGAUUAUGGGUCUAGAUCGAAGAAGAAGAAACGGCCUCGUGUUUCUGGAGACGAAAUCCGCGUCUCCAGUCGAGGCGGCAAGAUUCCCAAUUAUACUGAUGAUGUCCAAGCUCUCGCUGAGCUAUCAGAAGAGGAUGUCGAUCAAGGGUACUAUGUCGAUCCUACCGCGCAGUUCAAAGAGGAAGAUGAGAUCGAGUCUGUCUUGAGUCAUUGCAGAGAUGAGGGCCGCGAAGACGAUCCUGAGGAUAUCUGGUUUGAUAAUGUUCGUUUUCAUAUCAAGUGGAAAAAUUUCUCGCAUUUGCAUAACACUGAUGAGACCUACGAAUUUCUCAAACGCUUCAAGGGCCUCAAGCGUGUUGACAACUAUAUCAAAGCUUACAAGAUGUACCAGUCUCGCCUCAGUGCACCAGGCAUCUCUCAGGAAGAUGCUGAGGCAUUGCUUCUUGAAAAAGAACGCGAAAAGGAGGAGCUCGAGACCUAUAAGGUCGUCGAACGCAUUGUCUCGCACCGCGACGGUGCAGAGGGCAUGACAGAGUACUUUUGCAAAUGGACUGGGCUCAAUUAUGAGCAUUGUACAUGGGAAACGCAGGAGGAAGUGCGCCCUAUCGCCAAGGCCCAAAUUGAGGCGUAUCGACAACGAGAGGUUGAGGCAAAGUUCCCUUACAAGAGCAUUAAUUACGCGCGUAACCAGCGGCCAUCAUUCCAGAAGAUUGAGAAGGAUCCUGACUACAUCACCUCGACGGGUGGUGAGUUGAAGGACUUCCAGCUCACUGGACUGAACUGGCUGGCGUAUUUGUGGAGUAAAGGCGAGAACGGCAUCCUUGCCGAUGAAAUGGGUCUCGGAAAGACCGUACAGACAGUUUCUUUCCUGUCCUACCUCUUUCAUGAAAUGCACCAAUACGGACCAUUUCUUGUAAUCGUCCCGCUUUCCACUAUCACUGCCUGGCAAUCGCAGUUUGCGGCGUGGGCACCUGAUCUGAAUGUCAUCACCUACAUAGGAACCGCUCCUGCACGUGAGGUCAUUCGGACGUACGAAUUCGGUCCCUCCAACAAACGACUGAAGAUGAAUGUCCUGCUGACGACGUACGAGCUUACUCUAAGGGACGCAAAGGAGCUUGCGGACAUCAAGUGGCAGGCGCUUGCUGUCGACGAGGCUCAUCGGCUCAAGAACUCAGAAAGCCAGUUGUAUGAGGCUCUGAGGUCCUUCCCCGCUGCGUCGAAGCUAUUGAUCACUGGCACGCCACUGCAAAACAAUGUCAAGGAGUUACUUUCAUUGAUGCACUUCCUGAUGCCUGAGAAGUUCGCUUUGACCAACGAAUUCGACCUUAACGACGCGGACCACGAAGCCAAGAUCAAGGAGCUGCAUCAACAACUCGAGUCACUCAUGCUCCGCCGACUGAAACGUGAUGUCCUUACUUCCUUGCCUACAAAGAGUGAGCGCAUCCUUCGAGUAGAAAUGUCUGCCUUGCAGACGCAUUUCUACAAGAACAUCCUGACAAAGAACUUCCAGGGGUUGGUGAAGAGUGCAAAUGGGAACAACAACAUCAGUCUUCUGAACAUUGCCAUGGAGCUCAAGAAAGCUGCGAAUCACCCUUAUCUCUUCGACGGUGCCGAAGUGCGCACUGAUGUUAACGAUGACACUCUCAAAGGCCUUGUCAUGAACAGCGGAAAGAUGGUUCUCCUUGACAAGCUCCUCGCACGCCUUCGGCAAGAUGGUCAUCGUGUGCUCAUCUUCAGUCAAAUGGUCCGGAUGUUAGACAUCUUGAGUGAUUACAUGAGUCUUCGUGGGUACCCACAUCAACGUCUGGAUGGCAUGGUCGCGUCAGAUGCGAGGAAGAAAUCAAUUGCGCAUUUUAAUUCACCCGGAUCGCCUGACUUCGCCUUCCUGUUGUCAACCCGUGCAGGCGGUCUUGGUAUUAAUUUGGAGACCGCCGAUACUGUCAUUAUUUUUGAUAGCGACUGGAAUCCUCAAAACGACUUGCAAGCCAUGGCACGUGCUCAUCGUAUAGGGCAAAAGUCCCAUGUCAGCGUCUACCGUUUCGUCAGUAAGGACACAAUGGAGGAGGACGUUCUCGAAAGGGCCAAGAAAAAGAUGGUGUUGGAGUAUGCCAUCAUCAAUCAAAUGGACACUUCGCAGGCACAUCUGAGCUCUAACCCAAAAGGCGAGAAGGUCAAGGAUUCCACGAAGCCUGACAAUCUUAGCAAAGACGAGCUCACCGCAGUUUUGAAAUACGGUGCUCAGAAAAUGUUCGACAAGGACGACUCGCAACAGAACCAGAAGCUUGACGAGAUGGACCUUGAUGAUAUUCUCAACCGCGCCGAGGACCAUGAGACAAUGGCCGCUGGCGGCGAUGGCGGUGCCUCGCUUGGUGGUGAAAGCUUCCUCGCUCAAUUCGCUGCCGUGAGCGACGUAAAGAAUGACAUGAGUUGGGAGGACAUUAUACCCAUUGAGGAGCGGCACAAGUUUGAGAAAGAGGAGGAUGAGCGGAAGGCUGACGAAGUGGUUGCGGCGGAACUCAGGGAUCGCAAGCGCACCCAUGCACCUGUGUCCUAUGAGGGCAUGGACGUCGAUCAUCCUGCACCAGCGCCUGCUCCGAAGAAACUCAAAAUCCCAGGACCCCAGAGAAAGACUGCUAGUCAAAAGGCCAUGGAGCUUAAAGAGCGAGAUGUCCGCGUUCUUAUUCGAAGUUUGCAGCGUUGGGGCGACAUUCGUCAGCGUUACGAUGUUAUUGUCAAUGAAUCUAAACUUGGCGACAAGCACAAGGCCAUGAUCAUGGACGUCUCCGACGAGAUCAUCGAAGUUUGCACGCAAGCUGUCGAGCAGAAUAACCAAGAAAAGCGGGAACGUAUGGCGGCAGGGGAGACCCUGACUAAUGCCCAGAAGAGCAAGGCCGUCCUGGUUACUUUCCGCAAUGUCGGAAACAUCAAUGCGGAGACCGUGCUAUCACGGUAUCGCGACCUUCGCAUUCUGAACAAUAUUUUGGGCGAAUUGAGUACGGAGGAGCUCUACAAUUGGUCCAUUCCGAUUGAGAACAUCAGGCCGACUCUCAACUGGUCUGGGCGGUGGGGACCGCAAGAGGAUGCGAUGCUUCUUGUUGGCGCCUUCAUAUAUGGGUUCGGCAACUGGGAGGCCAUGGCGAAGGAUGUGCGGCUAGGUCUCCAAGGCAAAUUCUUUUUGGAGGAAGGCAAGAAGGGGGAAGACGCGACAACUCGGCCAAUUCCCAAUGCUAUUCACCUCGUCCGGCGAGGUGACUUCCUCCUUGGGCUACUUCGCGAGCAUGAUGAGAAGCUACGUUCGUACGAGAGCUCUUUACGGAAUAAGGGUCAUUUGAAGGGUUCGGCCACUCCUCCCCCAACAGCUGUGGCGUCGUCGUCAUCAUCACCUCCGAUCGGCCGGAAACGGCGCGCGGAGAGCGAGGCUGUGGCAUCCAUCGAUGAUGGUGGAGCGAAGCGACGCAAGAGACGGCCUACUCCCACAUUCACCGACUCCGAAUCGUCAGACGAAUGCCCAUCGAUGGAUGAGGCUGCGACGAAAGAAGAGUUGAGACCAGUCAAGAAGCAGCUGAAACAACUGAAGUUGUCUGGCGAGGACAUGCCUCGCGACGACAAAGUUGCCAUUCUCAAGGAUUCGUUAGCCGCUAUUGGACGACGCAUCGAGAUUGUUCUUCAGAAUAAACAAGCCGCUGGAGAGGACCGAGAACGAUGGCGUCGACAUCUCUGGGCUUUCGUGACACUUUUCUGGCCCAAGAAAGUCAAGGCGUCGAAAUUGGAGGACAUUCAUGCCAAGAUGGUGAUGAAGGAAGCUGCACCACGAGCGUCUGCGGAAGCCUCGACGUCUGCUAAGAAGCCUCGGCCCAUCACAGGUGGUAAGAGCAAUGGCACACCAUCUACCACGACGAAGGCCAAUGGCAAAGCCCAUCGAUAGUACUUCAUUAAUAUUUUACUCAUACUCACUCUUGUGCUUUGGAUCUUACCCCCGUUUUUGCUUUCACGCUCUCUGGCUAUCACAAUUAACUUUUUUUAAGUCAGGUUGCAAUAUUCCACGAUUCCUUUAUCCUUUAUGAUGCAUGUAUCAAAUUAUCAAUUACAUUCUGGACCGCGAUGAAAUUUUGAUUUCUGCGGUUCCCCAUUACAGCAAAUUAAUGAAGGGCUGCACUUGACAAAAAUACAAGAAUUGAUUUCAUAAAA